AUGUACUACGAUUACUAUGCUGGGGGAGCUGAAGACCAGCAAACGCUUGAAGAGAAUGUCAAAGCAUUUCAUAGGAUCAUAAUUCGUCCAAGAAUUCUGGUUGAUGUGAGCAGGGUAGAUAUGUUGACAACUAUUGUGGGUUGCAACACAUCGGCCCCCAUUAUGGUUGCCCCAACUGCCAUGCACAAACUGGCACACCCUGAAGGAGAAGUUGCAACAGCGAGAGCAGCUGCUUCUUGUGACACCAUAAUGGUGUUGUCCUUCAUGUCAAUGUGCAAGAUGGAGGAGGUUGCUUCCAGCUGCAACGCUGUCCGCUUCUUCCAAUUAUAUGUGUACAAAAAGCGUGAAAUAUCAGCUCUGAUGGUGCAAAGAGCUGAAAGAAAUGGGUUCAAGGCUAUAAUUCUUACUGCUGAUACUCCUAGACUUGGUCAUAGGGAGGCAGACAUUAAGAACAAGAUGAUUUCACCUCAGUUGAAGAAUUUUGAAGGUUUGAUUUCCACAGAAGUUCACACUGAUAAGGGUUCAAAUAUUGAAGCUUUAGCAUCAGAAAAUUUAGAUGCUUCAUUGUGUUGGAAGGACAUUGGAUGGUUGAAAUCCAUUACAAGCUUACCAAUUCUGAUUAAAGGAAUUCUCACUUGUGAAGAUGCAAUAAAAGCAAUGGAAGUAGGUGUUGCAGGAAUUGUUGUUUCCAAUCAUGGUGCACGCCAGCUAGAUUAUAGUCCCGCCACAAUCACUGUUCUAGAAGAGGUGAUUCUUGCUGUUCAAGGGAGAAUUCCAGUUCUUUUUGAUGGAGGAGUGAGGCGGGGAACAGAUAUUUUCAAGGCCCUAGCUCUUGGAGCACGAGCUGUUAUGAUUGGACGGCCAGUUAUAUACGGGUUGGCUGCAAAGGGAGAAGAUGGGGUGAGACGAGUACUCAGUAUGCUGAAGGAUGAACUUGAGCUCACUAUGGCCCUGUCAGGCUGCAGUAGCGUGAAGGACAUAACGAGACAUCAUGUGAUGACUGAGCAAGAAAGACUCCACUGCAGACUCUAG